AAAAAAUGGAGGUUAGGUGAGCCUGUCUCUCUUUUGUAGAGUUAACUAACGAAGCAGAACCCCGAAAAAAGCAUUGAGAAUCACAAAAUCCAACAACCAAAACCCACCAACCCACCCUUCCUUCCCUUCUCAAAAAGCUUCUGCUUCUACCAAAUCUUUCAUUUUUAUUAGCUCAAUCUCUUCUUCAUCCCUUGCAAGCUCUACCUUUUUUUUAAGUUGUCAAAGUUGUCAUGGCUUCUUCAAUUACAUCCAAGCCUUUCCUUGGAGCACCUAAACCCAGCUCUUUUCUUUCUUCUGAUCUUCAAAGAAUAUCUUUUUCCUCUCUUCAUAUCUCAAUCAAACCGAGAACCCACAAAAAGUUUCAGAUACGGGCAGCUGGGAGCACAUUUGGAAAUCAUUUCCGUGUUACAACAUUUGGAGAAUCUCAUGGAGGUGGUGUUGGUUGUAUAGUUGAUGGGUGUCCUCCUCGGAUUCCUCUGUCAGAAGCUGAUUUGCAAUUUGAUCUUGACCGAAGGAGGCCAGGUCAGAGCCGAAUUACUACCCCUAGGAAAGAGACUGACACAUGCCGAAUAUCCUCUGGAGUUUCUGAAGGAGUGACUACUGGAACACCAAUCCAUGUAUUUGUACCAAAUACUGAUCAGAGAGGACAUGAUUAUAAUGAAAUGUCAAUAGCUUAUAGGCCCUCUCAUGCUGAUGCCACUUAUGACAUGAAAUAUGGUGUCAGAGCAGUGCAGGGUGGUGGUAGAUCUUCUGCCAGAGAAACCAUUGGAAGAGUUGCCCCUGGAGCUAUUGCUAAGAAAAUUCUCAAGCAGUUCUCAGGAACUGAGGUUCUUGCCUAUGUCUCACAAGUUCACCAGGUUGUGCUUCCACAUGGUUCAGUUGAUCAUGACACUGUAACUCUUGAUCAGAUAGAGAGUAAUAUUGUAAGGUGCCCAAAUCCUGAAUACGCUGAGAAAAUGAUUGCUGCUAUUGAUGCUGUUCGGACGAAAGGAGAUUCUAUUGGUGGUGUUGUCACAUGCAUAGUGAGAAAUGCCCCUCGUGGGCUUGGUUCGCCAGUUUUUGAUAAGCUUGAAGCAGAGCUUGCUAAGGCUGUAAUGUCGUUACCUGCAACCAAAGGAUUUGAGUUUGGCAGUGGAUUUGCAGGUACUUUUCUGACCGGUAGCGAACAUAAUGAUGAGUUCUUUACCGAUGAACAUGGAAGAAUAAGGACUAGAACCAACCGCUCUGGUGGGAUACAGGGUGGAAUAUCCAAUGGGGAAAUUAUUAAUCUGAGAGUAGCUUUCAAGCCAACAGCUACAAUUGGUAAGAAACAGCAUACAGUGACUCGAGAAAAGAAAGAGAUAGAUCUGAUAGCCCGCGGUCGUCAUGAUCCUUGUGUUGUCCCUCGAGCGGUGCCAAUGGUUGAAGCCAUGGUAGCAUUGGUGCUUGUGGACCAAUUGAUGGCACAAUAUGCACAAUGUAAUUUGUUCCCUAUCAAUCCAGAGUUACAAGAACCCUUGAGCUUGAAUUUCCCUAAGUUUGAGCCGGCAAAUAUAUAGACUUGGACGGUGGCAAAGUCGCGGUAACAUCACCAUUGUUCUCACCUCGAAUUUUCUUAAUAACAAGUGUUGAAUACUCCAUAUUGCAUAAGAAUGUUCUGGUUUUUAUCCACCUAGAAGGUCAAGAGUUCAUUGCCAUCCCUUUUUUGCCCUACUUUAUGGUUGCGUGUUUUUCUUUUUAGCUUGUAAACAACUUAAACAUUAAUAAAUGAUUGUUGAAGUUCGAAUAUGCUCUAAGCAUGUAGGAAAGUAAUUUUUCACAAAUUCGUUAGAUCUUGUAUAGAUAAACUUCUUUGGAUCGGUUGGAGGAAACUUGUUAGGUUUU